CAAUUUUCAUUUUCUGAAAAAAUUAGCAAAACCCCAAUCCGAUUAACAAAAGAAGAAUUUUGAUUUUUCUUCGAAAAAAAAAAGGCGCGGAGAGUUUGGGUACUAAAUAAUUAAUUACGCGAUGGAUUCUCCGAUCACGCCAUCGAGCGCGCGGACCCCGACGUCGAUGAUGGACAAUCUCCUGGGUAUUCUGCGGAUCCGCGUCAAACGCGGCGUAAACCUCGCCGUCCGAGACGUCCGGAGUAGCGAUCCUUACGUGGUCGUCAAGAUGGGCAACCAGAAACUGAAGACUCGUGUAGUAAAGAAGGAUGUUAAUCCCGAGUGGAAUGAAGAUUUAACUCUCUCUAUUACAGAUCCUAAUCUUCCAAUCAAGUUGACAGUGUAUGACCAUGAUACUUUUAGCAAAGAUGACAAGAUGGGAGAUGCAGAAAUUGACAUCAAAACAUACAUUGAAGCCUUAAAAAUGCAUUUAGAAGAACUCCCAGGUGGAACUAUAAUAUCGAAAGUACAACCCAGUAGGAACAAUUGUCUGGCAGAAGAAAGUUGCAUUUUUUGGUCCGAAGGGAGGGUUGUCCAAGAUCUCGUCCUUAGAUUAAGAAAUGUGGAAUGUGGUGAAGUGGAAAUUCAAUUGCAGUGGAUUGACCUUCCCGGUUCUAAAGGUUUAUGAAGUUCAUGAAUGCUCCUUCAUUGGCUUCCCUGUUACAUGUGGCUUAAUGGCUGAUUACUGACUGCUGAGCUCCCAUUGCUUGACAUCCGCGAAUGUCAUGGUGAGUUUGGCUAAUUCUUUGAAAUAUUGUAUUACAAUCUGAACUUGUAUGUACUCAAAAAUUCUGCCUGUUAGUCACAGGUUUGUAUCUCACUAUAGGAUUGAACAAAUUUCGGUUUGUUCUCCUUGUGAAGACUAAAUUAAAUUUCACCUUUUUCGAUAUCUGAAAUCUUCCCAUGUGCUAAGAAACUUCUUCAAUACUU